UUGAUUUAACACUGUUUUAUGGUUUAUCAUGGUCGUGUGUUUAUCAAACUGUCAGUUAUUUGGGUGUGCAUGUAGCAGGAGCGGACAAAAAGAAAGGUUGUCGAGUAGUGUGGAGUUUCCUCCAACGUCCAUCCUCUUUUAUUUUGUUCCCUCAAAGUUACACUUGAUUGGUUACAAUCUGUCCUCUGAGGGAGCAAUGGGGGCUUUGGGAGACCGUCUGAAGCUGAUGGUGAAGACCUUCAGGAGGGAGUGCCACAGGGUCCUGCAGUCGGAGAGGACCACCGUGCACGGAGCCGAUGGCAUGCUGAUGGUGCUGCAGCUGGCCAUGGCAGAAGUGAAUAAACAGCGCGCCGGAGAGUUCAAAGUGCCUCUGAGCGAUGUCCUGAUGGCCUGGAAACACUUACUGCUGAGCAAACUUCACCUGCCGCCCCCCGACUUUGCACGCUUGGAGAACUAUGAUCUCAUCCUGGAGGCGUACGAGUCGUUUCUGAAGCGCUCCAACACCGUGGACCUGGUCGACAUCCUGCGCAUGUACAAACAGCUGACGCUGGCGGACUUGGAGGAGCCUGUGAGCCCGACCCAGCUGUUUCAGUUCCUAUCCGGAAACGUGGAGGUCUCGGAGUUGCCGGACUCCUCAGUCCCGUCAACGCCAUCUAGUAAAGGCAGGCCCUGCUGCAGCCCACAGGUGAAAAUGGCAGUGCGGAGGGUUUUCUGCUCCUAUCUGAAUUUGCUUGUGAACACCAAGAACGACAUGGCCCUGGCGCUCACCCUCGACGUCCCCGGCCGCGCGCUCGGACGCCAGGCGUUUACCGACAUCAAGCACGCUGCGCAGAACGCCAACACCUCUCUCUUCUUGGCCGUGACCUCUUUCGUGAGGGCCAUCCAGCUCGGAGGGAAGGGCUACGCUCCAGCUGAGUCCGACCCGCUGCGGAAGCACGUCAAAGGCCUGUCUGACUAUGUCCAGUUUCUGGACAACCUGGAGGAAAUCCUGGGGGAGACUCCUGACCCAAGCGUAUGCGGAGCCAAGCUGGUGACCGCCAUCAGGGCAGCGCUGGUGAAGGGACGCAGCAGCGGGGACGAGUUGUACGCUGCAGCCGAGGAGACGACGAGGGAGCUGAGCGAGAGGAUCUGCCAGAUACAUCAGACCCAGCAACUGGCUGCCAAUGGAAGCGGGAUGGGGAUAAGCCCUGCCAGGCCGAAAGCCUACAAGGUGAAUCACGCCACCGCGUACGGAGGUCGGGACACGGUGAAGGUGCUGGUGGCGCUGCUGGACGAGGAAGCCCUGACCCCCCCGUGUGCCAACAAGGCGGACCUGUUGUCUGAGGAGCAGCCCGUCCUCGGUGGAGCCGAGGGAACAUGUGUCCUCACGUUGUUCAGAUCUCCUGAAGUGUCCAGCGGAGAUUCUCCACAGCCCCUGAAGAACCGAGUCCAGAGCCGACUGGACCUGCUCAAACCCAAGGCCAAAGACAAGGUCGUCCGAUCCCAGUUUGCAUGCACAUACAAGGAUGAGGAGCAGCCGCUCAACCGCGUGCUGGAGUUCCCCAGCAGCAGCCAGGUUCCCACCUGUGUGCACCCAGCGCCUAAAGUCAAAGCCACGCCCACUGUGGAUGAGGAGUGCAGCGCUGGUGUGGAGGGAGGAGACACAGACGAGCCGACCCCUGAAUGUCCAAAUAAGGAGCGGAGUGGCGCACAGCAGGGGGCCGCUCUCGAGCCAAGAAGUGGAAAUGCCCCGAUCAGAGGUGCAGGCCCCGGCAGGGCAAAGAACACUGGCGUUCAUGCGCCGAGCAAGGGCAACAAGAGGAAGCAGGUGGAUUCCGACCGACAUGGAGGAACAGAGAACCAGCCUCCGGAGAAGAAACGGCCCACAGGCGCCUCGGUCAAAAUGCCUGCUAAGAAUGUCAACAGGGCCCCCGCGAGUAAGAAGAAGCUGAUCGCUGGACAGGGAAAGCUCACUAGCUUCUUCCGAGUCUAAUCAUCAUUUGCACUCAUGUCAUGACAGGAGUUUCCCACCAAAGAUUUACAUUUUGGGAAGUGCACUCAUUUUUCCAAAUUGCCAAGAGUUUGAUGAGAGGUCGUGUAGCCUAAUUCUGUCAAACGAUAUUUUAAAAAUUUGUUGGUUAGCUUCAAUUAUGGAUGAUGGAGUAUGAAUUGAUAAACAGAACUCUGCAACCACAGCCUUAUUGUCUGCUCGCAAAAGUGUCCCGUCUCUCAUCUAAGUCUUGACAAUGAAAGUGAAGAAGCAUGGUUCACAAAUUGCCCAACUAGUCUUUUAUUUAUUAGCUCAAUGAAAUAUCAUAUACGGUGGAAAAUAACAAAAUUCCAGCUGUCUUAUUUAUAAAUGACUUGUUUUGUCCGAUCAGAUCCAAACGAUAUCCCAUUCUUAACUGCGUCUAGGCAUUUGAGAAAUGGCAAAUGUUUGCCGUUUCUGUUUGAUAAAUGACUUUAUUGAUUCAUUGAUUAUGAAAUUAUUUUAUUUUUUUUACUUUUAUCUGGUCAGUAAACCUUGGUUCAGCAUGACACGUGGCUAAUUAGCGAUUGAAAUGUAUUUCAUCACUAGUUGUAUGGUCAAUCUGUAUCAAUGACAUGAACACUGUAUAUAUGCUGCAGGCUUCUGAAUUUUAAUAAACUUUUUAUUUUGUUUUA